AUGGCUAGUAGUUCGGCAUCAAAAAGUACUCCGUGUGAUUCACGGACAUCCACCGAGGCCGAGAAUGAUUCUCAAGUAUUUAAAAGAAAGUCGGAUGACAUAGGUUGGAACUAUGGUGUUCUAGCCGAUCCAUACAAUAAAGAUAGAGUGAAAUGCGUGUUAUGUAGUAAAGUUAUGUCGGGUGGUAUACGUAGAUUGAAAGAGCAUAUUGGUCAAAUUUUCGGGAAUGUUGUUUCAUGUAAAAAAGCAACAAAAGAAGAUCAAGCUAAAUGUAGAAAUGCCAUUAAUGAGUCCAAAGCCAAGAAGAUGAAGACAAAAGAAGUUCAAGAAGAGUUGCUAUCUUCGGUUAACAUUAAAGGGUUGAAUGUUGAGUCCUCUCAACAAUGCGAAAAAGCAAAAAAAUCUCACUCUCUUGGCCCAAUGGAUAGAUUUGCUACAAAAAUCAACCCGGAAGCAUCAUUGAACGUGGCAAAGACGAUGCGGGAACAAAACAUUAAUGAUGCUAUUUGGAAAGAACGAUCCAACUUGGUGAAAGAUUAUUUCGUCGAUUGGGCUUAUGAAGCGGGCAUAUCAUUCAAUGCAACCGAGCUUGAUAGCUUUAAGCUCUUUAGCGAAGCGCUCGGUCAAUUUGGGCCGAGGUGGAAGCCUCCUAGUUCGUAUGAGAUGAGAGAGCCAUUGUUGAAGAAAGCGGUUGAGAGAACAAAACUCAAGGUGAAGCCUCAUGAAGAUGAAUGGAAGAAGAGUGGUUGCUCGAUUAUGACGGAUGCUUGGAGUGAUAGAAAGAGAAGAAGCAUCAUGAAUUUGUGUGUGAAUUCUAAAAUGGGAACGAUAUUUCUAUCUUCCAAGGAAUCUUCCGAUAUAUCUCACACAAGUGAAAUGAUUUUUGAGUAUAUGGAUCAAUGCAUUGAGCAAGUUGGGCCCGAGAAUGUUGUUCAAGUUGUGACGGAUAAUGCUUCAAAUAAUAUGGGAGCGGCGAAGGCAUUGCAAAACUACCCCGGUUCACCAAAACCAUUGAACAAGCAAAGGCAUUGA